UAAAGAGUCGAAUUCGUAAUUUUUUCUUCUCUUCAUCGAAACCAUCGUAAUGGCUGCACAAUCGCCUCCUCUCGCCGGGAGAGUCGCCAUUGUCACCGGCUCUUCCCGUGGCAUCGGAAGAGCAAUAGCGAUCCACCUCGCUGAACUCGGUGCUAGACUCGUCAUCAAUUACACAACUAAAUCGUCUGACGCCGAGCUCGUCGCGGCGGAGAUCAACGAACUUCCCGCCAUUACCGGAAACGGACCAAGAGCCAUCGUGGUUCAGGCCAACGUUUCAGAGCCAAGCCAUGUGACGUCUCUGUUCGAUGCGGCGGAGAGCGCCUUCGAGUCGCCGGUUCAUAUUCUGGUUAACUCGGCGGGAGUCCUCGAUCCUAAGUACCCUUCGAUCGCAAACACAUCAGUCGAAGAUUUCGAUCGCACGUUCAGUGUCAAUACAAAAGGGGCUUUCCUGUGCAGCAAGGAAGCUGCCAAUAGGCUCAAACAAGGAGGCGGUGGUCGGAUCAUACUCCUCACAUCUUCCAUGACCCGAGGUUUGAAGCCUGGAUUCGGCGCCUAUGCGUCAUCAAAAGCAGCUGUGGAAACGAUGGUCAAGAUCCUUGCGAAAGAGCUCAAAGGAACAGCGAUCACUGCAAACUGUGUAGCUCCAGGACCCAUAGCCACUGAGAUGUUCUAUGAAGGAAAGAGCUCGGAGGUUGUGGAGAAGAUAGCCGCAGAGAAUCCUUUUGGGAGAGUCGGCGAAGUCAGAGACGUGGUGCCUCUCGUUGGGUUCUUGGCUGGUGAUGGUGGUGAGUGGAUCAACGGUCAGAUCAUUCCUGUUAAUGGUGGUUAUGUGUAAACAAAAGAAUUGGUCUUUAGUAGCUGUUCUUUUGAGGCUUACUGAUGAUAUGUUUGCAGAUGUGUGCGUGGUUAGGUUGUUGGUUAUCCAGAUGAUAAUAUAACAAUGAUAACCAGAUAAUGAUUCUGAUUUGAUGCUCA